CAAUUAUGAGUGAAAAAAAGUCUCGAAAGGGUCAGAAAACAAACCAUCCAUCUUACAGUACACCUGAAAACAAAAAGCACGAGAUCCCAGAGUUAUCUAUAUCUUCUAUUUCUCACCCCUCUUCGGAAGAACGAAUCAAAAGUUUAUUAAAAAGCAGGAGUAACUCCCGGUUCAAAGUUUAUGGAAACUAUGAUGACGGUUGGAUAACGGAGGAUGAAUUGCGGUCAUCAAGUGAUGACUCUGACAAACCUCGAAAAGUUAAAUUUAGCGACGAAGUGGGAAAAAAUUUAACUAGAUUCUAUGAACAAACACCAACGGGCAAUUCCGAACGUGAGUGUCUAGAUGAUCGUGAAACAGAUGCUGAGGUACAAAGCGGAGAAUCUUCGUCUACUGAACCUACUGUUCGAUACGAUCAAUAUCAUCCAGAACUUAACUCAGUCAGGACACCAGUUAAUGAAAAAAAUACUCCGUGUGAUGACCAUACAGAUAGUGAAUCAACUACAACUACAACUGCUCUUUCACAAGCUACGUCUUCAUCAAAACAAUCUUCUGAACUGAAACUUAAAAGAUCUAGUCAGUCUAGAACAUACAGUCGCAGCUACAAAACUGAAUCAAUUAAAAAACAAAAAAUCCAAAUUAACGCUAAAAAUGUAUACAAAUUUUUCAAAAGCAAAGGACUGCAAUCGCCACCAUCAAAUAUUUCAACCGAAACACCCAUAAAAAAUCAUAAAAAUGCAACGAAGAAGUCAAUAAAAAGAAAUAUUAAUUCAGCAUAUUAUCCAUUAGGGUGGAUGUCAAUUCAUGGUCUGGGUCGAGAAAUUCGUGAUAAACUUUAUGAUACCAAUUUUGAUUUGCUCGAAUUGUAUGAAAAAAAAAAUGCUGAUGCUCUGAGAGCUAGAAAUACUGAAAACAAUUCAAAUAUUUCUAAUCAAUCACGUAUAUCAGAAGAAGAAACAUUUCCCAUUGCUACAAGACGUAAACGAAAGAUAAUUUUGUCAUCUACGUCUGACAAUGAGUCUACGCAAGAAAAUGCUGAUACGUCAUCACGAAAUAAUACAAACUCUGGUCAUAAUUCAUUGGAUAUUCAAAACAAAAUAAACUUUAAUUCUCAGAGUAAUGGCACAGAGUUAACUUGCAGUCCAAGAAAACGUGCAAGGCAAAAAGUAUCAGACUCAAUGUCUGAACCGGGCGCGAAAAUUCAAACUCCGUUGAAAAUAUUUGAUGAUCGGAAUGUAACAAUGAGAAACAGGAGCAGGAGUAAAAAAAUUGAUAAUUCACUGAAGAAAAUUACAAGUGAAUCAAACGAAAUGAAUUCAGCAUCAACGUCAACAAGUGAGAACAUGAAUUCGGAUAAUUCUAGAAAAAUAGUGGAGAAACGUAUAAAAAUUGUUUCACAUCAGGUGUUAAGUGACAGCGACAAAAUAACUUUCCAUCGAAAAAAAUAGUUUUCUUUUUAUACUUUUGUAAUUUAUACUGUACAGGGAAUUAUUUAAUUAGUUAUUGAUUGGGUUUAAUUAUUAAUUGUAAAAAUUUAAUUAACUUUGUUUAUAAUGUACAGUAACAGUAAAAGUUUAUGUGUUUUAUUGUUGAGAAUUGAUUGAGAUAUUGGAAAAUUAUUUCUAUUAAUAGAAAUGAUUCAAAUUGCCGGGAGCAUUUAUAAAAUUGAAUCGCUUUGUAACUUCGUUAAUUUAUUUGAAUUUUUGUAUUGAAGUUUUGCAGGACGAGCAUAAAUUAAAUAUUUUUGUUUGUAAUUGUUAUGUAUAUACGUUUAAAAUUAUUGUCUUUCAUGAUUGUGGUUGAGAAAUAAAAAAAAAUGUUAGAGUUCAUGUUAUUUAAAUAUUGAAUGUUUGAAUAAUUAUAAUUGUAAU